CAACAGGCUAUUCGACCACAUCUCACUUCGAUAUCAUACCUACAUCUCAGAUUCACAUUCCCGACAACAAACUCCUACCCACAAAACACGACACGUAAAGACAACAUGGAUCAAUUCGUCAACCUCGCCAAGCAGUUCGCCGGUGGCAACAACGAGCAACAGCAUCAACAGCAGGGACAGAACUUUGGUAACCAGGGAGGACCUCAGUUCAACGCUCCUCACGGUUCCGGCGGUUCUUCUGGUGGAUUCGGGGACAUCCUCUCCAUGUUCAACCAAGGAUCCGCCGUCUCGGGUGCUCAACAAGAACUUGGCCACCAGACCGACCCUCAGACUCAAUCGAUCCUCGCCCAGGGGUUCGCCCAGACCCAAGCUUACGGGUCCAAUGCUGUGCAACAAGGAGGUGCCGUCGACUUGAACGAAGACGGCAUUAUCGAUGACUACGAGCGAGCUUACUCGAGGGGCGAGGCUCAGAAGGGUCAAAUGAGCAGCGAGAGCAUGGGUACUGCUGCGGCCAUGUCGGCCUUCAAGAAAUUCAUGGGAGGCAACGACGCUCAAAAGGCUCAGAGUUCGGGAGGUGGGGACAUGCAAUCCAAGUUGAUCGGAAUGGCCAUGGCCGAGGCCAUGAAGUUGUUCAGCUCGUCCGGAGGUCAGACUUCCAACGGAGGUGGGCAACAGGAUGUCGUCAAUGCUGCUGGAAAGCAGAUCAUGAAGAUGAUGCUCAAGUCCCAGAUGUCGGGUUCUACCGGAACCGGAGGCGGUGCUAUGGGCGGAUUGAUGAGCAUGGCUUCCAAGUUCAUGUAAACCGCAUGCCAAUCAGGACCCCAGGACGACCGUUUUCGACGUCUACGAGAAACACAAAGAGAAACCGAAACGAAACGAGACCUAGACCGAUGAUUCCGCUUUGAUGUUACCGACUGAAUGAUGGAUAUUGAAUACACGUAUACCUUUCUGCCUGCUACCCUAUCCGUAGUCAGUAGCCGAUGAUGUUCUUGCUGUGAGGUG